AUGUGGACAGAAACCAUGUGGACAGACACUGAGACAAACACCAUGGGGACAGACACCAUGUGGACAGAGACCAUGUGGCCAGACACUGAGACAGAGACCAUGGGGGCAGAGACCAUGAGGACAGACACUGAGACAGAGACCAUGAGGACAGAGACAAUGUGGAAAGAGACCAUGUGGCCAGACACUGAGACAGAGACCAUGGGGGCAGAGACCAUGAGGACAGACACUGAGACAGAGACCAUGAGGACAGAGACAAUGUGGAAAGAGACCAUGUGGCCAGACACUGAGACAGAGACCAUGUGGACAGAAACCAUGUGGCCAGACACUGAGACAAACACCAUGGGGACAGAAACCAUGUGGCCAGACACUGAGACAAACACCAUGGGGACAGAAACCAUGUGGCCAGACACUGAGACAGAGACCAUGAGGACAGAGACAAUGUGGAAAGAGACCAUGUGGCCAGACACUGAGACAGAGACCAUGGGGGCAGAGACCAUGAGGACAGACACUGAGACAGAGACCAUGAGGACAGAGACAAUGUGGAAAGAGACCAUGUGGCCAGACACUGAGACAGAGACCAUGUGGACAGAAACCAUGUGGCCAGACACUGAGACAAACACCAUGGGGACAGAAACCAUGUGGCCAGACACUGAGACAAACACCAUGGGGACAGACACCAUGUGGACAGAGACCAUGUGGCCAGACACUGAGACAGAGACCAUGGGGGCAGAGACCAUGUGGCCAGACACUGAGACAGAGACCAUGAGGACAGACAAUGAGGACAGAGACCAUGAGGACAGAGACCAUGAGGACAGACACCAUGAGGACAGACACCAUGAGGACAGACACCAUGUGGACAGACACCAUGUGGACAGAGACCAUGAGGACAGACACCAUGAGGACAGACACCAUGAGGACAGAGACCAUGAGGACAGAGACCAUGAGGACAGACACCAUGAGGACAGACACCAUGUGGACAGACACCAUGAGGACAGACACCAUGUGGACAGAGACCAUGAGGACAGACACCAUGAGGACAGACACUAUGUGAACAGACUAUGUGGACAGAGACCAUGUGGACAGAGACCAUGUGGACAGACCUAG